UCUUGUCCGCCCCUUGGUUCACUCCACAGGAGGAGGAGGAGGAGGAGGACCGGCGGAAGGCUCGCUGUUGCUGCUGUUGCUGCUCUCCGGGAGACCCCUGCAUGGUCCUCUGGGCGGCCUCAGUAGCCAAGCCGCCGGAGACACCUGAGCAGGUGAGCGGAGCAGGAGGAAAAGGAAAGGAGGCUUCUGCAGCUGAGACCCAUUCCAGAGAGAUUCCCAGCAAACAGAAGAAGAUCUGGCUUUGUCCGUGUCCCGUCUGCACAGAAUGGGGCCCCGGGGUCUGCAGAGCGUCCGGUCCAUGGGGCAUAACUGGCAGACGUGAGUCGGUGUCUGAGGCCUGACACAGCAGCCUCCCCCUUUGCCAGGGGAGGAACGGAGAGGAGUCAUGAUGGAGGGAGAGGUUUUCUCAGGAGUGCAUCAAAUUGGUUUUAUUCAACGGAUUCAAAACACUGUUCCAGAACAAAUGAUGGAACCCUCGUAUUUAAAUUUUGAAGAUGAAUCAAUGUCAGAGUAUCUAUUUUGGGUCGAUAAGGAUUCAACUGGCCAGCAAGAUGAUUUUCAACUUGGUGAUGCUCCUCUGGCAGGGAAGCACUGUUCUUGGCUACCUAUCACUUGGCAGACCUUCCUUCCUGAUGCUGAGAUAACACUUCCUGACCUAGGUGAGCAGAGUCAACAGCUGGAGGAGGGUGCUGAACUGGACAGCUCCCUGUUGGUUCAAUCUGAUGAUAACACUCUGGCGCACGACCAUCAGGACUUUGCCUUUGUCGCUGCUCACCCUCACAGCACACAAAGAUAUGCGGCCAACGUGAGGGAAAGAAAGAGAAUGCUCAGUAUCAACUCUGCUUUCGAUGCGCUUAGAGGCCGGGUCCCGACUUUCCCGUAUGAGAAGCGUCUCUCCAAAGUCGACACUCUCCGAUUGGCCACAGCUUACAUCGCACUGCUCAGUGAUAUUCUCGCUACGGGAUCGGACCCCAAAUCUUAUGUGCAGAAAUGUUUGAAAAAUGGAUACAAAGGCCAUCAGGAUGCACCCUGGAACACAAGUGAUUUGACAGCCCGCUUGUCCUGGAUAAAAUGGGAUUAAGAGAUCCAUCAAACAAGAAAGACGACUGGAUUCUUCAAAGGAUCUACCUGCCUAUCCUCAGCUAUUAAGUUGUCCCCAUUGCCGGCAUAAAACUUUAGGAAGCAAUUAUGCACACAGUUAGGAUGCUUAUAUAAAACCAUCUUGCUGCUAUUUCUUCCCUUUGCUUUCCAUUUUCAUAGCAUUUUUAUAACACCUGCAUGCUGUACUUGGUCUUUGAUUACAUUUUAAAAAUCUGUUCUUUGUGGUAGUUGUCAGUUUCCUUGUUAUGCAGCUAACAUUGUAUAAACAGAAAUUUUAAAAGUUUAAUAACUAGUAUGAUCUCUAACAUGAUUAUAGGGCAAUUUCCCAUUAAAUACCAUAAACUGGGAAUUAGUAGGAAUACUGCACCAUCCUAAGGUUAUCCAUCUGAACAGUUGUAAUGAUAAGUUCUGUAUACUCACAGGGUGUUUGUUGCCAUUAUCACCACCAAUUAUUAAAA